ACCGGGAUGGCUGACAUGACUCCCCUGCCGGUCGCCGGCGACGGCAUGGAGGGGGGCAAGCCCAAGAAGAAGAAGACGAUGAAGUCCCUCUACCUCACCUUCUUCGAGACGGCGCCCGACGGCAAGAGCCGCGCCUGCACGCUCUGCGGCAAGAGCUACUGCCUCACCACCGCCACCGGGAAUCUGGGGAAGCAUCUGAACAACCGGCACCCCGGAUACGACCAGCUCGCCGAUCAAUUUCAAGGUGACCCUACCCAGAGCACCAUUGCCAGCAUGUUCGCGAGGAACAAGAAACAUCACCCUCCGAUGCGAGCUCGACCGCACGCGCAGCCGCAACAGCCUCAAGUCCAGGUUCAGGUUCAGGCCCAGGCGCAACCAAAAGUUCUUCGUGCGCAGCCUAAACCGAAGCCGGCUGUCGAUGUCGACUACGUCAACUGGUUGCUUCUCCGGUGGCUCAUCAGCUCCUCCUUUCCGCCCUCCGCCCUAGAGGACAGCGCGUUCGCUGACAGUUGCAGGUAUCUGAGCCCUGCCGUCAGGCUUUGGCCCAAGGAGAAGGCUCAGGAGAUCACCCUCCAGGUGUUCAAGAGCAUGAAGGAGGACGUCAAGGCGUCGCUGCAGCGUGUCCGGUCCCGGCUCUCCAUCGCGCUCGACUUCUGGACCUCUUACGAGCAGAUAGUGUACCUGUCUGUCAAGUGUCAAUGGAUUGAUGAAAGCUGGGUCUCGCAGAAAGUCCUGCUUGACGUGUGCCAGAUUCGGUACCAGUGCACCGGGGCCGAGGUUCUGCGUGUUCUGCUGACUGUCUUGCGGGAAUUUAACAUUGAUUUGAAGAUCCUUGCGUGCACACAUAAUAACAGCCAACAUGCGAUCCAUGCCUGUCACGAGCUCAGGCGGGAGCUCGAGUCCCGUAAGCUCCCCUUCUGCUACAUCCCCUGUGCUGCGAGGACGUUGGAGAUCAUCAUAGAAGAUGGCCUGAAACAUGUGAAGUCACUUUUGUACAAGACCCGUGCGUUUAUUCUCGAGACCAAUUCGAGCCCGGAGAUGAUGGAGGAUUUUAAGCACUGGGCUGAAGUUUACCAAGAGGGCUCGUGGAAACUCCCAUUUGAUCAUUCGAUAACUUGGAAUGGCAAUUAUAAUAUGCUUGAUGUAGUAAAGAAGGCCCCUAAUGCGAUGGAUAACACCAUCAAGAAAUUUGAAGACAUAUUUGGACCAAGGGACUGGGUUCUGAGCGCUGAGGAGAAGUCAGUGGUCAAUUCAUUGCACUCAUACCUUGAGCCAUUUUAUAAAACUACGACCAACCUUUGCACUUGCAAAUUACCAACAGUUGGCCUAGUGUUCUUCUUCAUGGACCAUGUCUUUGAGUUGAUCAAUAUUUGUCAUAACAGCAGCCACCAAAAAUUAUUUGAAAACAUUGCCAGAGACAUGUCCAAGACAGCUCUUGACUUCACAUCUCAAGCUUACAACAUCUACACCUUCACAGCUGCAAUUCUUGAUCCAAGGAUCAAAGGAGAGCUCAUCCCUGACGCCCUCAACUCCCCGAGCAACUUGGAGGAUGCAAGGGACCAUUUUGUGAGAGACUACAGCAGCAUCUUCCAAGCUGCUGGAAAUGGCUACAGCAUCCAAGACAGCGCUGAUGAUGGUGGAGCAUUCUCCUUUGCUGAAGAGAUUAUUCGUAAACGCCGCCGUGUGAGCAUGAGCACUGCCGCUGAUGAGCUUACUCAGUAUCUCGCCGAGCCCCCUGCACCAAUUUCCACUGAUGCUCUUGAAUGGUGGAGGGGGCACUCCUCCCGUUACCCACGGCUCUCUUUGAUGGCCCGUGAUUUCCUGGCAAUCCAAGGGACCUCAUUGGAUCCUGAAGAACUGUUCACAAGCAAAGGGGACAGUAUCCACAAGCAGCAGUACUGCCUUCCUCUCAGUAGCAUGCAGGCUACAAUGUGUAUAAAAUCAUGGAUGCAGAGUGGGUAUCAGUUCAAUUUUCAGUCGACCAUUAUUGAUUUCGAGAGAUUAAUCGAAUCUGCUACCGCUCCUGAUGCUGUAGAUGGUCUGGUUUCUUCUUGAUGAAUGAAGUGUUCGAAAUUCAGAGUUCUAGAUUAGUUCAGCGGCCUCUGUUAUAUUUGUCUUUGGUUCUCAUGUAAAUAGUUCAUUGACAGGUUUGUAGUGAUCUUCGCAUAUAGUCUCAUAGUCAAAACUAUAUGCCAAACAGCUUGUAAUUUUGGAAUCAUGACAUUUAAGAACCUUGGAGUCAUGGUAAUGAGGAGAAACAAUGCAAUUUAGGUU